GCCUGCAGCUUCCAUGGCCACAAAGGAGUAAAGGAACAGCCUCUACCUGAUCCCACAGCUCCAAGGAGCAACAAGGAACUACUUGAAUCUGCUCUCAUCUGGGAAACUGAGAGGAAGGGGAGAAAAUGUCAAAUAAGACCAGAGCUGAGAACACCCAGUCUCCUCUGCAGUAGAAAGGAACUGGAGUCGGUGGUUUUGUCCUGCCUUGGUGGGCACAAACCAGCUCCUGCCUCCUGGGACUAGAAAGCGUAUUCUCCCAUGGACAGGUUACUUCACAACUGCCCAUUGCUUGUUUCUUCUGCAGCAGAUGUUGUUAGCUGCUCCCUGAGAGAGAUGGAAAACUACAAGGACCGUGACAUGACCCAGUAAGGCAGAUCGGGAGCGGCGCAGAGAAAUUUCCUUACUAGAUGACAUUUCAUCGCAAUGUCCGAUCGUUUGGGGCAAAUAACCAAGGGAAAGGAUGGGAAAAGCAAGUACUCGACUCUCAGCCUGUUUGAUAAGUAUAAAGGAAAGUCAAUAGAAGCUAUCAGAACUACAGUUAUUCCUAGACAUGGCUUACAGAGUCUUGGGAAAGUUGCUGCUGCCCGGCGUAUGCCACCUCCUGCAAACUUGCCUAGCUUGAAGUCUGAGAACAAAGGAAACGACCCUAACAUCGUUAUAGUACCCAAGGACGGUACAGGAUGGGCAAACAAGCAGGAUCAGCCAGACCAAAAGAGUUCCAGUGCGACGGCUGCACAGCUGCAGGAGUCGCUGCCGCAGCAGGGUUUGCAGAAAUCUGUCUCCAAUUUACAGAAGCCGACACAGUCAAUCAGUCAGGAGAGUACAAAUUCAGUGCCAGGUGGACCAAAGUCAUGGGCACAGCUGAAUGGAAAGCCAGCAGGACAAGAAGGUGGUUCAAGGGCCUCAAGCCGACUGUUAUCCUUCUCUCCCGAGGAAUUUCCGACGCUGAAAGCAGCUGGCGAGCAGGACAAGGUUGGCAAAGAAAAGGGCGCCUUAGAUCCGUCGUAUGGGCCAGGACCAAGCCUCCGCCCCCAGAAUGUCACCAGUUGGAGGGAGGGCGGUGGGAGGAACAUAACCUCUGCCACAUCUCUGACCGCCUCCCCUGCUGAGCUGGGCAGCAAGACCCCCAGCAGUGGAGACGGAGCCCCCUCCUCAGUGAGCGCCAGCGAUCCGAAGGAGCCGUCUCUCCGCCCAGCUCAGCCUGUCCGCAAAGGGGCUUCGCAGUUCAUGGGAAAUGUCUACCAGCCACCUACAUACCAUGAUAUGCUACCUGCUUUUAUGUGUCCACAACAGCCAUCUGAGAGCCCUGCAUCACUGGAUCGAGGGUCUUUCCCCCUUCCUCAGCUUCGACUUGAGCCCCGAGUACCUUUCAGACAAUACCAGAUGAAUGACCAGGAUGGAAAGGAGAGCAGGCUUGGCCUGUCUCGCCCAACACGUCCAGUUCGGCAGCAAAUAGAGCGAGUGCCUCGGCCCACCAUUAUCAAUGCAGAGAACCUCAAGGGGCUGGAUGAACUAGACAAUGAUGCAGAUGAUGGAUGGGCAGGCAUUCACGAUGAAGUGGAUUACUCUGAGAAACUAAAAUUUAGUGAAGAUGAGGAAGAGGAAGAAACUCUUAAAGAGGGGCGACAGAAGUGGAACAACUGGGAUCCCAGAAGGCAGAGACAAUUGUCCCUGAGCUCUGCAGACAGUACAGAUGUCAAACACACCUCAGAGGAAGGAAAGAAUUGGAGUGACUCGGUUGGCUUGUCCCGGACAGUCCGGAAAGUGCCAGAUUCACAACAGCCUCCACGGAAGGUGAAUGGCUGGAGUUCUUCAUCUGAAUACCAGAAGCCAGCACUAGGAAAUAUUCUCAGACAGCAGUCCCUUGAAGAUAAAGAAGAAAAGGUGCCAAUGAGGCAGAAGUUUGUGCACUCUGAGAUCUCAGAGGCUGUUGAGAGAGCCAGGAGGCGACGGGAGGAGGAGGAGCGGCGAGCCAGGGAGGAGCGUCUGGCAGCCUGUGCUGCGAAGCUGAAGCAACUUGAUCAGAAAUGCAAACUGGCUCAGAAGAGUGGGGAGACUCAGAAACACACUGAGAAUGAAGACCUCCGACCCCCAAGCACAGAGAAGAAUGCUGUGCAAGAGAAUGGUCAUGCUUUACGUAGAGCAACCCCAGAGUUUCACACACAGGAUGUCUCUGUUGGAUAUCUGGAAGAGGAGACUCCUGCCCCAGCAGCAGCAGCCCAAAGCAGCAGUGAGGAGGAGCUCAGAGAAGCUCCCUCCCCAGCACAGGAAUUCAGCAAAUACCAGAAGUCUCUUCCCCCACGAUUCCAGAGGCAGCAGCAGCAACAGCAGCAGGAGCAGCUGUACAAGAUGCAGCACUGGCAGCAGCAGCAAGUCUAUCCUCCCCCAUCCCAUUCCCACCCCCAACGGACGUUCUACCCACCACACCCCCAGAUGCUUGGCUUUGAUCCUCGCUGGAUGAUGAUGCCCUCCUACAUGGACCCUCGCAUGGCCCAGAGUCGCACGCCUGUGGAUUUCUACCCUUCAGCCCUUCAUCCUUCAGGAAUUAUGAAGCCCAUGAUUCAGCAGGACUCCAUCAGUGGGAGCAGCUGUCGGCCUGAAGAUCAGAACUGUCAGGUGGGACAGGCAGAAAGGAAAACUGCUCCCUUGGACCCUGUGCCAGUGUGGGGCCAGGAGAGCUACACAACUCUGCAGAGCAAAGGCUACUCCCUGUCACAUCAAAAACAGGCUGACACCAUGACCAUGGAGGGGCUGCAUGCCAGGAAUGGCAGUUACUCUGCUUCUCCUGGAAGGCCAGAGAGUCUGAGCCAGCGAGAUCUCUUUGAGGAGAGAGGGGAGGAGUACCUGAACACUUUUGACAAGAAGGCCCAAGCAGACUUUGACAACUGCUUGUCCUCUCAGAGAAUAGGCCAAGAUCUCUUGUUUCAGCAUCAGGAGACUGUGCAGGAAACCAAUCCUGCUGGCAGCCGCCAUGCAAACUUGAGGUGUUCACCCCUAGAGCCUGAUUUUAUCCAAGCAGAGAAGAAGCCUGAGUAUAACGGCUGGGAUAUCAGCCACCAUCAGAAACCUGCUGAGACUGCAGUGGCAGUUGCAGAAGAAGUACCCAGGGAUGAGCAGUCAUUCAGUGCUGACCCAUGGAAGAAAGAAGGAGCUAAUGCCAAACAGCCCACUGAAGAAACAACAGAGUGGGCUCCUGAGAACCGGAACACCAGUGGCCAACAGCAGGAGCAAAUGGGUAGAACACGGCGGUCAGGCCCGAUUAAAAAACCAGUCCUGAAAGCCCUCAAGGUGGAAGAGAAGGAGAAGGAGAUGGAGAAGGUUAAAUUGGAGGGAGAGGACACCUCACGCCCAGUGAAGGAGAAGGCAGCUGUUCAGAAAGCAGAAAAUGAGUCAGACGAUUCUGCGGCCUUACUGAACUCCACGCGUUACCUGCUGGAUGACAAGGGCUCUUCCCAAGCCAGCCUUGCCCGAGAGGCUGAGAAAUCCCAGGAGGAAGAAGAGGAGGAAGAGGAAGAAGAGAAGCCAGAAAGAGCCUGGGAGAACAAACUGUCCAGAGAGUCUGGUGAUCUCCCUCCCACAAAAAGAAACAACUGGAUCUUCAUCGAUGAGGAACAAGCCUUUGGAGGGAGAGGUCAAGGGCGUGGGCGAGGGAGAGGCUUCAGAGAGUUCACUUUCAGAGGCCGAGGCACUGUUGUGGGCAGCCGGGGAGUCUAUAACAACCAGCGGAGCAGCCGAGGCCGAGGGCUUCGGGAGUUCAACCAGGCAGAGGAUUUCCCCAGGGGCAAGCCCAGGCGGCGCAUCGCGAGCGAGACGCACAGCGAAGGGUCAGAGUACGAGGAGCUCCCCAAGCGUCGCCGGCAGAGGGGCUCGGAGAACAGCAACGAAGGCUCUGUGCUGGACAGGGAGGAGAGCGAUUUGAAAAAGGGAGACUACAAAGAGUCUUGGAGGUCCAACAAAAUCUAUUCAGAUGAUCACAGUAGCCUGGAUCCUAAGAUGAGAGCUCCGAGAGCUUUUGGGAGGUCACUGCCACCAAGACUGAGCAACUCUGGCUAUGGGCGAAGGGGUUUCAUGAGUAAGGAGCCCACCCAGUGGCAAGGCAGGAGUGGGGGAGCAGGGUGGCAGGAGUACAGCCACACCUCUCCAUCCGACACCUUUGGGAGCAGGCAGCAGUCUGACAGAGACUACAUUCAGGAUUCUUACAAGCACGUGGAUUCCUUCUCCGGCCGUGUAUUUGACGAGAGUCAUCUGGAUGACAAAAGGCACUUUUUCCAGGAGGAUUACUCAGCGGAUCAGGAGAACAUCGAGAACAGGCCGUUCAGGAGGCGGCGGCCCCCACGCCAAGACAAGCCCCCGCGGUUCAGACGCCUCCGGCAAGAGAGGGAAUCAGUUGGCCAGUGGAACCCGGAGGAGGGAGGCCCCAACCUGCUGCCCAGCCAGUGGCCUGGAAGAUCCAAGCUGAGCAGUGCAGAGAAGAGCAGCAUCUCGGGUAGACGAUCUCCUGAGCUGUCCUAUCAGAACUCAUCAGACCACGCCAAUGAGGAGUGGGAGACAGCUUCCGAAAGCAGCGACUUCAGCGAGCGGCGGGAGAGGCGAGAUGGAGUUUCGGAGAGCGAAGGCCAGCUGGAUGGUGGCCUGGGGAGUGGGAACCUGGGAGAGAAGAGGGAGCUAGCAAAGAGGAGCUUCUCAAGCCAAAGGCCUCUUGUCGACAGGCAGAGCCGCAAAGCCGAGCCAGCGGGGUUUGUGGAGCAGUCUGUCAGGACUGGUGUAGGAGCAGCUUCCAGAUACGAGAGCCAGCAGAACGGGACACUGAUGAAAAGCAAAAGGUGUCCAGAAGAAGGAGGUGGCCUUGGGAACAGCAGUGGUGGGAGCAGCCACUCCAUUUACAGCUUGGAUAGGGCCUCUCAUACAAACUCCGAGAGUACUGAGGGGCCAGGGAAAAAGCCAGAGAAGGAGCUCAAAUCCACUGCACAAAGAGGAAGUGAGAAGGGAGAGGCCUUGUCACAGUUCGAACUGAGUUACGGAAGUACCAUCAUUGAUAAUCGGGUGUCAAACGCAGCAGAAGAGAAUGAAGUCGGUUCUAUGGCAGGUGAAGGCUUCAUUGAGGUUCUUACUAAAAAGCAGCGUCGUUUGUUGGAAGAGGAGCGAAGGAAGAAGGAACAGGCUGCUCAGGCACCAGCCAAGGCCCGCGUCCUUCAGUCUCGCAUUCCUCCUCGGUUUGCAAAGAAGCAGAACAGCUUGUGCUUGGAGCAAAGUGAUGUAACGGUUUCUGGAAGCAGCCUGGGCACAGAGAUCUGGGAGAGCAACAGCCCAGCUCUUUCCGUUCAGUCUCCUGGCAGUGAUUCCUGGAGCAAACCUGUAAAUACCUUUAAUGGUACUGAAUCUAGCACCACUGAGCAGGGUUUUAAAGGCAGCCAGGGGGAUAGUGGCAUUGACUUGAGCGCGGAGUCUCGGGAAUCCUCCGCUACCUCCUCCCAGCGCAGUUCUCCAUAUGGCACCCUCAAACCAGAGGAGAUGAAUGGGGCUGGCCUGGUGGACCCAAAGCCUGACUGCCAGAAGGAGCAAGUACAGAAGCAAUCUGAUAAAAAGGAUUCAGAUCAAGGCUCAGGACAGAACAAGGAACACAAGCCUGGACCAAUCGGCAACGAACGCUCCCUGAAAAACAGAAAGGGUUCGGAGGGAACGGAACGGCUGGAAGGGAAUAUUCCCCCUGUUAAUGGGGUGGAAAUUCACGUGGAUUCUGUACUUCCUGUGCCACCCAUUGAAUUUGGAGUAAAUCCUAAAGACUCUGACUUCAGCUUGCCACCUGGUUCUGCCUCUGGCACUGCAGCAAACCCUGUCACCAAAUUGCAGGAUGCCUUGGCCAGUAAUGCAGGGUUAACGCAGUCCAUUCCCAUUCUGCGGAGAGAUCAUCACCUCCAGCGCUGCAUUGGCCUCAACCCAAUGUCCUUCCCCACUGCAGAUCUCACUCUUAAGAUGGAGUCUGCUCGUAAAGCUUGGGAAAACUCUCCUAGUUUACCAGAACAGAACUCCCCAGGAGGUGCAGGCUCAGGCAUCCAGCCUCCUUCCAGUGUUGGAGCUUCCAAUGGUGUCAACUACAGCUCUUUUGGUGGAGUUUCUAUGCCUCCUAUGCCUGUGGCGUCCGUAGCACCUUCUGCAUCUAUUCCAGGUAACCAUAUUCCACCUCUGUAUCUGGAUGGCCAUGUGUUUGCAAGUCAACCCCGCCUGGUUCCUCAGACGAUACCUCAGCAGCAGAGCUACCAACAGGCUGCUGCUGCUCAACAGAUUCCCAUUUCCCUCCACACAUCCUUACAGGCCCAAGCUCAGCUUGGGCUGAGGGGUGGUCUGCCUGUUUCCCAGUCCCAGGAGAUGUACAGCUCCAUACAGCCCUUCAGGUCUCAAGUGUAUAUGCACCCCAGUCUGUCUCAGCCCAGCACCAUGGUCCUGACAGGAGGCACUGCUCUGAAGCCUCCGUAUUCAGCCUUCCCAGGCAUGCAGCCCUUGGAGGUGGUGAAAACCCAGUCUGGGUCUCCCUAUCAGCCCAUGAAUGGAAGCCAGGCACUGGUUUAUGAAGGCCAGAUAAACCAGGCAGCUGGUCUAGGAGCCUCCCAGAUGAUGGACUCUCAGCUCACACAGUUAACAAUGCCUGUGCCUGGCUCCCAGCUUCCUCUGCCCCGCUAUGGCUCUGGCCAGCAGCCCCUGAUCCUCCCACAGUCCAUCCAGCUUCCUCAGGGGCAAAACCUGCCUGUAGGAGCUCCUCGAAGAAUCCUUCCUCCUGGAUCCCAGCCUUCUGUUCUUGCUACCAGCAGGGAGUCCUCCCAAAUGGAAAUGAAAGGGUUUCAUUUCUCUGAUGGUAAACAGAACAUGUCUUCUGGAGGCUCUGUACCAUCCCCACAUGCAUACAGAAUUUACUCCAUGAAUGUUGUCGACUCUUCGAUUUCCAGGCCUAGCUCUGCCAGCCCAAGCGGGAAACCGUCGGCACCAGCAGUUAGUAUGGGCUCUGUGCAAGGACACUAUGUACAGCAGGCAAAGCAGCGGGUGGAUGAAAAUAAAGCCAAUCUGGGAGCAGUAAAGCUGCAAGAAACAGCCUCCACAAACCCGAUGAAGCCAGUGCGCACAGGAGCCAUUAAACCUCAGGCAGUCAAAGUGGAGGAAAGCAAGGCCUAGGAGCAGCUCUGAUGCUCAGCUGGUCCUGCUGCCUGAGAGGCCCUGCAGCUUGGACUGGACCCCACUGGAUCUCCUGAAAUAAAAUCUUUACCAGAUCUACUCCCCGCCUCACAUUGACUGACUACAGCGACAUCAUCCAAGCUCCUCUCUCAACAAAGCAGUUUGAAACAGUGGAUAUGACAUUGACUUGCUUGCUUUAAAACAAACCAACCAUGUGACUUUGCAGUGGCUCGAGCCAUUUUUUAUUUUAUUGUUCCCCUCCCCGUGCCCCAUCCACAGGUAGCUGUGACCGUUCACUUGGCAAAGCCCGUCCUUCUCCUUUCCUACUUCUGUCUCAGCAGAGUGGCACCUGGGGGAGAGGGGUUAGUUUGAGGUUUUUCAUUUUAAAAGGCAGCUGAGGUUUUUACAAAACAAAGAAAAAAAGAAAAAAGCUCUAUCUUUGUUUAUAGCAGAACUUUUCUAUGUUUUCUCAUUUCCCUUUCUUUCUGCUUUCCUCAUUUCUUCCAGAAAACGAUUCCCUUCAGCUAAAACUACGUUCUGACAAAACUCUGCUUAGUUUUAUAUACAGUUCUGUGCUAUGUUGAGAAGCAUCACUUUUAAAUUGAAUUUGUUUGGGUAUAUUUUCCCCAAAUGAUUUAGCCUUUCAAAUUAUUUAAUUUAAAAAUCCAAAACAGAACAGUGAAGACAUUCAUUAAUUGUUCAGUGGUUUUGUUUUAAGCUAGAAGCAGUGCUUGCAUUAGAAGUAAAUGUGUACUUAAAAGUAUAUAGUAGAUCAGUGCAUUAAUCUUGAAACUUGCACCACUUUAACUGUAGCUUUGAGGUGCCUCAUGCACAACAAAAUGUGGCAUUUUUUUUUGUUUAAAGGAAAAAAAAAACCAAACAACCCAGCCCAAGUUUCUGUUGGAAGCUCAUCUGGAUCUAAAGGUUUUCUUGUGAGUUUGGGAUUUUUUCAGUGACUGCCAAACACA